AUGACGAAGCGCACAAAGAAGGUCGGCAUCACCGGUAAAUACGGCACACGCUACGGUGCUUCGCUCCGCAAGCAGGUCAAGAAGAUCGAAAUUCAACAGCACAGCAAAUACUCUUGCACAUUCUGCGGAAAGACCACGGUGAAGAGACAAUCGACCGGUAUCUGGAAGUGCAGAGCGUGCAGCAAGACGAUGGCCGGCGGUGCCUACACAGUGUCCACACCAGCUGCGGCUGCCACGAGGUCGACCAUCCGACGUCUGCGCGAGAUUGCUGAGGUAUAA